AUGCAGAUUAUCCCGAAGAAGUUGGAUGUGUGUUCCACGUCCGCCUAUACCAAAUCCCAAGCCAUGAAGAGCAAAGACUUCAAGGUGGUGAUAUCGGUGCCGAAAGCUCACAAGGUCUUAACCACGUAUUCGCACGUACCAAGUGAGAGCUUCGGGGGUAAUGACGCUGUGCGUAAACUAAAGGGCGAGAUCAUGAAGCGAAUAGCAGGAGAGUUCUAUUCUAAGAUGAGAGAAUACGAGUACAGUUUGACCGAGGAAGAACGCACGAAUAUGUUUGGGGUAACUCGAUACUACUACAUGUUAAAGGCCAGUGAUAUCGAGGAGAGUGAGCUCGAAAGCUAUCUCGCACCACCGCGGAAUUCCACGAAAACUAAAGAGCGACGCAGCAAUGAAGGCGUUAAAGAAGACAUGGCCGUGAAUUACUCAGAACUUCAAGUUGUCGACGAGUCGGAAGGUGCACUCGACACUGAAGUGCCUGACGCAGAACGGUUCGUCGGUGAUAUCGACAAGGAACCUAAGAAAGCAAAGAAGCCCAAAGGAAAGAAAAAGAAACCCAAGACAGAGGCGGCUGACACUGAAGCGGUUGGCCCAGAGGGAGAAGAGAAGCCCAACAAGAAGAAGAAAGAGAAGAAGCCUAACGACGCCGAUGAAGUCGAGACUGAGAAGUUUCCUCUGCAAACGACGUCUGAGAACUGUUAG